CUCUCCCUAUCCUACCUAAACCUACCUCUCACCCCCUCGCUCUUACCCGCCGCAACCUUCACUCUGUCUCCCCUUCAUCUGUAGCUUCUGGCCCUCUUUCUUCUCUUCCUGAUCCUGAGGGUUCUCCUUUUGAAAAAAAAAAUGAUAGAGACUUAAGCACUUCUGUACGUCGCUCUGGUUAAGGGAGUCUGCCAAAUGCUGUAAAUGUAAAUGAUGUAAAUGUGUGACCAGGCCCCUCAACCCUCACCCUACACAGGACACCUUGCCUUCUCACUCUCAGUACUAAACCUCACUAAUUCUCUUGUUGCUAAAUGGCCAAAUCCCCACAGAAAUACCUUCCAGAAGAGUCUGUGUUCAUGGUGGUUCAGUGUUUAAGCUCAUAAUAACCUAGGAUAUGCUAAAACUGAAAGCAUUUAACUGCAUGGUGUAUGUGACAAAUAAAAUUUUAAUUUGGAAUUUGCUAAGGUCUGAGAAGAUGCUGUCUGGGACUAUUUCAAAUGGUCACUAGACAGAAAGUUGCAAUUAAACAUGAAUGUUAGAUCUAGAGGCGUUAAAACAUGGUGUCUAACAUUAGUAUUUUGACAUAAAUGCAACUGUGUUUUUUAUCUGUUGACUGAUGUUUUAUGUUAAGAAGUGUUAGAAGAAGUGAAAGACAGACAGGUGUCUCACACUUUUAGAAAUCCUGUCAUUAACAUCUAACAAUUUUCUUACUUUAGAUUUUAAUUAUCUGACUCUGGAUCUCAACACAGCAAAUCAAAAUCUUAUUCUGUCUGAGAACAACAGAAUGGUGACACAUGGUGACAGAAUGGUGACACAUUGUCACAACCUGGAAUGGAAAGAGACAGACCCGUAUGCAGGAUAGCUUCAAAUGAAGGGGGUUUAAUAAAUAAAGAUGACAAAGACAAUAAAUGACGAUAACUGAAACAAUACUAAUGACGACAUUUAACAAUGACUAAACAUGACGAGGGGUACACUUAACUAAUGAUUCCGUGCUGCCAUCGGCAACGCGGCUCACUGAAAUAUAAAAGACAAUGAUGUCACAAUGAGGAGCAGGUGUGGUGACAGGGAGGAGCAGACAAAGGCGGGGCAGACACGUGACAACAACAAUAGCACAUGGCCAAAAGUCCGGGCUGAAUCAUGACAGAACACCCCCCCCACACCCCCCCAAGGCGCGGCUCCCGAAGCGCCAAACCCUGUCAGAGUCCAGGGGGGGGGUUGCGAGGCACAUGGCGAAGGCAGAUGGGGGGAGCAAGGAAUAUGGUGAAGGCAAAUGGGGGAACGAGGAACACGGCGAAGGCCGAUGGGAGAAUGAGGAACACGGCGAAGGCCGAUGGGGGGAGUAAGGCACACGGCGAGGCCGGUGGGGGGAGCAAGGCUCACGGCGGCACAGCCAGCGAGGGCCGAGCGACGUCCACAGCCAAGCAGAGGCUCCAUCCCUCAUUCCAACCCCAACCCCCACACCUCUCUCUCUUCCUCAUUCUCUCUCGCUUUAUCAGAGCGAAACUCCAAGAAAAUGGCUGAGGCUGGUAUGUCGACAGAUCAGGAUCGAUUCAGCUGUCCAGUGUGUCUGGAACUCCUAAAGGAUCCAGUGACUACUCCCUGUGGCCAUAAUUUCUGUAAGAUGUGUAUUAAUGGCUUCUGGGAUAAAGAAGAUCAGAAGGGUGUCUACAGCUGUCCUCAGUGUAGAGAGACUUUCACUCCAAGGCCUGUUCUACGCAGGAACAACAUGCUGGCUGAAGUGGUGGAGGAGCUGAAGAAGACUGAACUCCAAGCUGCUUUUCCUGCUCACUGUUAUGCUAGACCUGAUGUGGAGUGUGAUUCCUGCACCGGGAGAAAACGCAAAGCUCUCAGGACAUGUCUGGAGUGUUUGGUCUCCUAUUGUGAAGAUCAUCUUCAACCUCACUAUCAGUCUCCUGCCUUCAAGAAGCACAAGUUAGUUGAAGCCUGUGCAGAGCUCCAGGAGAAAAUCUGCUCUGAACAUAACAAACUACUGGGGAUUUACUGUCGUACUGACCAAAGCUUCAUCUGUUACUUGUGUACAUUAGAAGAACACAAAGGUCACAAUACUGUCUCAACUGAAGCAGAAAGAACUGAAAAACAGAAUGAGCUAAAGAAGGAGCAGAUGAAAUCCCAGCAGAGGAUCCAGGAAAAGCAAAAGAAGGUGCAGGAGCUGAAACAGACUGUAGACAUCAUUAAGGUGAGGAGCGUUCACAGAAAGCAGCAUUUGACAGAGAGGAUUUUCAAUGAGCUGAUCAGCUCUAUGGAGAAAAAGCGCUUAGAGGUGAUGGAGCUGAUCAGAGCUCAGGAGAAAUCUGACCUGAGUCGAGCGGAACGACACCUGAAUCAACUGGAGCAGGAGAUUGCUGAUCUUCAGAGAAGAAUCACUGAGCUGGAGCAGCUUUCACACACACACGAUGACAUUCACUUCCUCCAGAGUUUCCCGUCUCUCUGUGUUUCUCCUGGAUGUGACGACUCACCCAGCUUCACUGUCAAUCAACAUCUCUCAUUUGAUGGAGUGAGGAAAUCUCUCUCAGAUCUGAAAAAAACAAGUUGAGCAAAUCUGUGAGAAGAAAGUCAAAAACGUCUGUCUAGAAGCUGCAACAAUCCAGAUGAUUUUACCCUCAGAACUAAAGAGCAGAGAAGAUUUUUUGCAGUAUUUCCGUUAUCUGACUCUGGAUCCAAACACAGCACAUCGUCAGCUAAUUCUGUCUGAGAAGAACAGAGUGGUGACAUGGAGUGAGACACGACAGCGAUACUCUGAUCAUCCAGAGAGAUUUGACUACUGAACUCAGGUGUUGUGUAAGGAGAGUGUGUGUGGACGCUGUUACUGGGAGGUGGAGAGGAGCGGUGUUCUGUUCAUAUCAGUCUCAUAUAAAGAGAUCAGCAGAAAAGGAGAUGGUCAUCAGUGUGGGUUUGGACGCAACAAUCAGUCUUGGAGUCUGCGCUGUUCUUCUUCCUCUGUCUUUUUCAUGCACAACAACAUUGAGACUGACCUCCAAGGUCCAGUGACCUCCAGAAUAGGAGUGUAUGUGGAUCACAGUGCAGGAACUCUGUCCUUCUACAACGUCUCUGACACCAUGAGGCUCCUCCACAGAGUCCACACCACAUUCACUCAGCCGCUAUACGCUGGCUUCUAUUUAUUUAGUUUUAAUUCACCUACAAGGUUAUGUGAUCCAAAAUAAAUAUGAUAAUAAAAAAGUGUGUAUCAGAUUUAAUAUUGUUCUGAAAUAUUAUUGCUAUUAUUAUAUAGAUUUUUAAUAAAAUAUAUCCCUUACUUGUGGACCAUGGCUUUUCCUGGAGGAUACAAUUGGGAAAAUCUUACAGGUUUUAGAGGAUAUUUGGAGUUAAUCAUGGUCAC